AAUUUACAAAAAAAAGAAUGCUUACUAUAUCAACACGCAUGCGUUAGUUGAAAUUCGUUUGUUAGUUUCUAUACGCCACAAGUAGCGUUACACAGUUUAUUGCUUACAAUCGGUGUUGUUGGCGAUAAGUGUUGAUAAGACUGAGACUUAUUUUAUUGAAGUCACUCUAAUAAAAAAGCCAUAUUCAAAAUGAUACGUUCCAUAUGCAGACUACCUCAUAAAAUAGCUGGACAAAUGGCCGUCGAUAUUCUUUCUAGGAGUAUGGCUAGCAAGGCACCACAAAAAAUGGAAGAUUAUUUCAAAGGCAAAAAAUUCAUCGUCACUGGAUCUUGUGCUGGUAUGGGUGAAAAGAUUACAGAGAGAUUGAUAGAUUUGGGUUCAUUUGUUUACGCGGUGGUAGAGAAAGAAGAUGGCGCUGCUAAACCGUUACCAAAUACUAAACAAAUAUUUUGUGAUGUUUCCAAUUGGGAAGAUACUUAUAAAAAAAUGUUGGACAUUGGUCCAGUACAUGGUUUGGUCAACAACGCCGGUGUAGCUGUUAUAGAGUCAUUUUUCGAUGUCACUGAACAUGGUUGGGAUAAGACUUUAAAUAUCAACGCCAGAGCCUUAGUGAGAAUAAGUCAGGCAGUGGCAAAAAACAUGAUUGAUGCCGGUAUCAAAGGAUCUAUUGUAAAUAUAUCUUCGACAAUUUCUACGAGAGCCAUACCCGAUCAUACGACAUAUUGUGCAUCUAAAGGAGCAGUGAAUCAAAUAACUAGAACGAUGGCAAUCGAACUGGGCAAAUACGGUAUCCGUACCAACAACGUUAAUCCGACUGUGGUGUUGACUCGCAUGGGUAAAAUCGCGUGGUCAGAUCCAGAAAAAUCGGGACCCAUAAUGAGACGAAUCCCGCUGGGCAGAUUCGCAGAAACCGACGACAUUGCGAACGCUGUGAUUUUCAUGCUCAGCGACUACUCCACCAUGGUAAACGGAACGGCUCUCGUAGUCGACGGUGGAUUUUUAGCCGGAUAGACGAAUUCGCUGUGAAACAGAGAUAUUAUCAAAGGACUCACUAAUUCAACGUAAAAAUAUACUGUUUUAUGUAUAUUAUAUUCCAACUCGAACUAUUUAAAUAAUAAUAAUAUGUUAUUAAAAUAUAUUUAUUACACCCAUUGUACAAUAAUUCUCAUACUUUUUUUGACAAUACACUGUGUAUCCUAAGCCAUUAAUUUUAUUAAAUUUCACUUUUUGAUUUUCAAAA